CUCUCCUCUCCUCUCCUCUCCUCUCUGUCCUGCCUUCUCCUCUCCUCUCGGGGUGCGCGCCCCCCUUCGCAACCGCCUUUGCAACCAGGGGGCGGUGAUGUAAGCGGGGAAGUCGCGGGAUCUAUAAAGGUUGGUGGCCUUUCGGGGGACGGAGGGCGAUGGUGGAGGAGAAGGAGGAGGAGAAGGAGACGGAGGAGGAGGAGAAGAAGGAGAGCGUCCUCUCUUGAAGGGAGAGACAGAGAGAGGAGAGGAGAGAACGCCAAGGCAGGAGAAGCUGCGCUCCCGCAAACCAGAAACCCCACCCCUCUCCAAAGCCACAGCUAGACACGCAACUUGGGCGCUCCCAUCCCACCGCUCUCUUCAACAUUACUUCCCGACUUUCCUUAUUUGUUUGUCCCGUCCCGCUUUUUGCCACUUCUUGGCAAUCCCGUCGCUGUCUUCCUCUCGAUCCCCUCCUGCCUUGCCUUUCUGCCCCUGUCCCCGUCCAACAUCACCUUCCCAUUCUUCUUCUUCCCCGCUUGCCCUUCCUGCCUGGCCGGCCCCGGAGGUGGGAGAGGCGCCCGCCCGGGGUGUAUUUUUAGCCGCCCCCCCUCCUUCUCCGCCUCCGCCACGUGCCCGUCCGCCCCGAAUGUGGCCCGGGAUGAUGAGGGCCCCGCGGGCGUCUUGCGGGCCCGCCCUGCCCGCGCUGCUGCCCCUGCCGCUGCUGCUGGCCCUGCUGGCGCCCUGCCUGGCCCCGGCCCGGUGCGCGCCCGCCCCGGCCCCGGCCCCGGCCUCGGCCCUGUCCGCCCCGCCGCCCAACCAGAGCCUGGAGUGGCGCUGGGAGGCUCUCUUCUCGCGCUCCUUGGCCCGGCUGCCCAGCGCGGCGGGCGGAGCGGGAGCGGGGGCCGGAGGCGGUGGAGGAGGCGCGGAGCGGAGGGAGGCCAGCCGCGACGGGGACUAUCUGCUGGGCAUCAAGCGGCUCCGGCGCCUCUACUGCAACGUUGGCAUCGGGUUUCACAUCCAGGUCCUGCCCGACAGCCGCAUCAACGGGAUCCACAACGAGAACCGAUACAGUUUACUGGAGAUUUCUCCUGUGGAAAGAGGAGUAGUGAGCAUCUUUGGUGUUAAAAGUGGACUCUUUGUAGCCAUGAACAGUAAAGGCAAACUAUACGGAUCUAACUAUUUCAAUGACGAGUGUAAAUUUAAGGAGAUCCUGCUGCCAAACAACUACAACGCAUAUGAGUCUCAGAUAUAUCCAGGGAUGUACAUAGCACUGAGCAAAAAUGGAAGAACAAAGAAAGGCAACAAAGUCUCUCCCACCAUGACAGUGACACAUUUUCUUCCUAGGAUUUGAGAAUUGUCCCUUCAGACCUACCUCAGGGAAGGGGGAGAAAGCCAAGCCCAAUGAAGAGAGUGGAAAGCAAUGGGCGGAAUCUAUGGUGCACUUUUCUUUGAGAGUUUUAUGCAAGAGUAGAUGUAAGAUAUUUAAAUUAUUUAAGUCUGUAUAUAUUGCCAGAAACUUAUUUAUAGUUCUGAUUUAUUUUAAUUCCUAAAAAAGAAAAGAAAAAAAGGAAAGAACUCUCCACAGAGGACAAAACCACCAACCUUAAGCUAUGGGUUGCACAAUGCAACCUUAGAGGACUCUUUUUUGCAUUGUGGUUUAUUUAACUUUUUUUGUAAGUUAUCACAGGUGUGCUGCUAUUAUGUGUUUGUUUGUUUUUAACGUGAAAUACGAUUCCUAUAUUUACAAGGUUUUGCACUGUUCUCUGUGUUGUACAGUGUUUGUUAGUGGACAUGAAAUGGUUAUUCUCCUCCCUCCUUCCUCCCUUCCCUUCCUUUUAAAGAAACCAGUGAUACCUGACAGAGCAGAUCUUAGUCUUGGGAGGGGAAAGAAAGGACUGGGCAAACCGUCCUCAGUUCUGAUGCCAGCUUGUAGCAAAACACAAUGUCUGACCUCCUUUUAUGCAGCAUUGCUAUUUUCAUUGAAAUGGUAUCAGUUUGCUGCUGGUACAUAUAACGUAACCUUGGAAUACCACCCUGCUAAGCUGUUUUUAGAUCUGCUUUUGCUGAACUCUGAACUUUCAUGGAGGCAGUCUCUUUGGAGCCCCGAGAUUUCAAUCCACCAAGCCAUGGCAUGAAAGCCCUUGUUCGAUCCACAUCAGCCAUGCGAGGUGAAUUAAGCAGAAAAUAAUUCUGCAGAAACUUCUAGAAGAAAUCUAUGGAUAAACUAUAAUUUGCUUUACUAUGAAUUGGUCUGCCUUGGACUGUUCAUGCUCAUUUCCUUCCCCAUAAAUUUCCACACUGUGAAACAGAUUAUGGUUAACUAGUAGCAUUUAGAGUUUGGAAUGAAAACUAUAAAUCUUUUAACUGUGAUAACACCAUUCCCAUUUACCAUUAUUCUAGUAAUGUUUAAUUAACACUCAUAAACAGGAUCUCUCUCUUUCUUUUUCUGAAAGCAAUUAAACUCUGAGGUAGGGUAGGCAACUCUAACCAGUAGAAAACUAGUGGGCUACAAAGGUGCUGCUCUACAGGUCUCUCCAGCCUGAGCCAGAAUAGGCACUGGCGAAGGGUGACUGGAACUGAAGUCUAAUAGAAUCCAGUGGGCUACGAGUUGUCCACCACUACUUUAAGUCAUGGUCAGAUGAUUGAAGCUGUUGUGUUAUUUUUAAUGCAAUAUUUAGAAGGAAUUAAUAUGCUGCUGCCUUCAAGGAUGCAAUCCAUAAUCCACUAAUCAUAUAUCAACUUUUCAGUGCAAGCCUGAAAUGCAUAAUAAUGAUAAUGAUAAUUAAUAAUAACAAUAAUAAUAAUCAUCUUUAUUUAUAUUCCGCUCUAUCUCCCCGAGGGGACUCAGACCGGAUUACAGGUACAUACAGUAUAUGGCAAACAUUCAAUGCCUCUAUACAGUUGACAGACAGUACAUAAACAGAGGCAAGGCUACAACAGAAAUAGCCCCAGAUGUUCCUGUUGCUAGUUGAGUUUUCUGUGGACCAAUUAUCCAAAUGACUUUAGCAUCUCUGAUGGGUCACCAGGCAGUUCCCUGCUGAAGAUAGACUUGCUUAGGGGAUGAGUCAUUCCAGAGACUGCUCAGUCAUCAUGAGCACAUUUCUCCAACUCUUUAGCAUGCAAACAUAAUUGAGUUAUUUGAACUGCAAUGACUUUACAGUUUUGCAAAAGUGUCUUGCAAGUAAUCCCUAGGGUUGGGUUUUAUAAGGUGUUUUUUUGAAAUUCAGAAUGCCAGAGUUGUUUCUGCAGAGAUAAAAAUCAUCUUAUGGCACAAUUCUGCAUUUGCGACUCGCUAUAUUGAUGGCAAUAGGUUGUGGCAUCCCUACUGGAGUAAAUCUGGCAUGCAACAUGAUAUUAGAGCCCUUUCUACACUGCCAAAUAAAAUCCAGAUUAUCUGCUUUGAACUGGAUUAUCUGGCAGUAUAGGCUAUUUGCAGUGUAGCUGUAGGCUUACUCCUCUAAGAAAUUCUGCUAACUUGAACUGAAUUUUUAUGAUGUAAAAUGGCUUAUGGGUUGCAGCCUUAGCAUUUCAUUCCCUAAGAUUAAAAUGAUUCAAGUCUACCUCACUUAUUCGUUCAUUCUUAAAGCCAGUUUCCUUUUUUUAACUGCUUAGAGGGUGCAUGAUUUUCCUCCUUCCCAUUCAUUCAGUGUUACAAUUCCAUUGUGAGAGGGAGCAUCCCAAAUUUCUAACCCACCCACCCACCCCCAUGUAGCCACAAGUAUUCCAGAUAGCGUUGGUUGCAUCCAAUUUGAGCCUUGUCACGUUUGUGCUAUCUUUACCCGGUGAUUUACUUUUAGUAAGGAUAAUCAUGGUGAAAAUAUUUGCAGACAGCUGUCAGGCUGCAGCACUAUAUGGUCAUCCAGUAACCCUAUAUUUUUCUUUAUAUAUUUUGUGAAUGUAAACCAUGUCUUUAAAGCAAAGAAUGAACAGACAGGUUUAAGAAUGAUGGCAGCAGGGUGGAAGGGGGAGGAUAGGGGAAGUCUGAAAAAUGUCUGCUAAGCUUUGAGGGCUAGGUUUCUUUUUUCUUUUAACAUAGAAGUGUGGAGUUGAAAUCAGAAUGUUAAGUUCAUCUGGAGAUUCUUUAAAGGCAAACUUUAGAAAGCCUCAUGAUUUUUUAGGUGAUAGCUCACAGUGUUGAGGCUUGAGUGUAAAACUUGCAGCACUAGGAAAUAAAGGUAUAGGGUGUGCUAGUUGCUUUGUCAUAACAGUAUCAUAGAAGUGAUGAUCAUAUAUAAUUGUUGCAGGCUGGCUUGCUGCCACUGAGAUUUAUAACUGCAAUGGGCAAACAGAGGCCUUCAAAGACUUUGGGUGGGACCACUUUCCACGACAGCUUGUGGCUUUCAUGAUAGCAGGGCAGCAAAUCCAUUCUGGAUUUUAGUCCAACUAUUUUGGAGAUUUUUUUUUCUUGCCACCAACCUAUUUAUGCUACAAUAAUGAAAUGUUAGCCACUGAUAUGAUUCAUUUUGAGUAAAUAUGUAGAUUAAAGAGCUUUUUUUUUUUGGCAAAUCUUAGAAGUGUUAUUUUUUGCACUAUAGUUCCCAGAAUCCUACUUGAUACUGUAUUGGGGAGGUUCUGGGAUAAUAGUCCAAAAGUAACUUCUUGUUGUGACGUGGAAGUUGUUACUCAGAAAGCUCUGCUCCUUUGGGCAUUUAAUAUCUAGACCAGUGUGCUCAUUCAGUGAACCUGGGGUCCUUUGCAUCACAUGAUACCUAUACAGAGCCUGGACAAGUUAGGGAAUAAAAUUCUCAGUCUACACCAAUCUGCAUGGAACGCUCUCCAUGCUGGCUGUGGGAACUGUAUAAUUUUCCCCAACACUUGUCCUAUCACUGCCUGAGAGAGAUACCACCAGUUCAAACCACGGGCUCAAUCUAAUACUGUCUAACCUGCAAAUAUUAUGGUCUAGCAACAUCUCUCCAAGGUUUCAGAUAGAAAUCGUUCCCAUUCCUUUCUACCCGAUCCGUAACCAGAGAAAAUGGGGAUUUCAGCUGGGAUUGCUGCAUGCAGUCUUUGCACUCUUAUAACUGCUUGUCACUUAUAUUGCAUUGCUGCACCAAUACAAUAUAAUUUGCAGAUACAUGAUAUUGCAUUCAGCUCUUCAGAUACUGAGAUACUGCAGCCCUUAUGACCCCCUUCCAUUGGCUGUGGUGCUUCAAGUUAAUGUUUGGCUCAAAAGAGUGGGGGCUACAAUGGGCCACCCCAAAUAUCAAUAAAACCCUGGAAAAGUCAAAAGUGCUGCUGUAAGUUAGCAUGCAAAAGUAUGAGCAUACAUUCUACUUUCUAGGCUGUUCUUUAAAAUUCUGCAUGUUGAUUGAAAGGGAGGUAAAGAAAGGUUUGCCAAUUUUCUGAUCUCAUCCUUGAUGAGAAAGGGGAUCUGAACACUUCUAGAUACCCCAUCAGGGCAUCUCAGUGUAACACAUUGUCCUUAUGCGCUUCUUUAUGAGAGCAAAAUGACUAGUGCUUUUUUUAAAAUUGGGUUUUGUGAAACACAACAGCUUUUGCUGUUCACAGCAAAACCUUUGUGAAAUGUGUACAAAAAUAAUAAUUGCAUGCAAAACCACACCGGCAAAUGUGCAAGAAACUCUUGUCAUAUUGGCCAUCACAAUUUGUCUUUAAAGUAAUUAUUUUUCAGGCUUCAGAAUGAAAUACAUAAGUCUUCAUAUCUUCCUGGAGAAUGUACCAGGGUUUCCCUUAUCACAGGACAGGAAAAAAGGGACUGUUUCCCCUUUUUUGGGGAAAGUGAAAGCUGACGGUUGGUUCAGUCUAAGGGCCUGAUUAGUAGUGAAGCAAGGGACUGCUUGUGCAUGCUAACUGAGAGAAAUAGGAGCUCUGAGAUGUAACACUAAGCUAUGGUUUAAAGUUACAUACUUGAACCUGCAUGAGGCUUGGACUCGGACUCGCACUCUCUCCUCUCCUCCUCUGGUAUGAUACAACUAGGACAAGUUUGGGAAUCAAGUGCCUCACUGGCUACAUGAGGACAUCUUGGGGGGGUAGAGUAGUGUAAAUUCCCAUGAAUCCCCCACCUCCACUGCCCCCCCCCAGAAUAAAUUAUAUUAAAAAUAUUUUGGCCAUACAAAUAUGCAAAUGAUAAUAAAUAUUGACAUCUGGCCAUAAAUAAUGUUUUCCUUGAAGUGUCAAAAAGUGACCAUCCUAAAUUACACCUGGUCAUCCAAUGUCAUGGUGCAGCAUUCUGAAGAAGGAAAAACUGGCAUGGUGUGACCCUCCAAGCCUUGGCAAGGGAAGAUGACCAUCAAACCUUUGACAGGUUAUGUCACUGUAAAGUAGGGUGGAUUAAUGAUCUGAGCUCAGCAAAUGGUAGUUUCCUAACUUGGCUUGUUUAAUCUGUAAUUAAUUCAAACAAGCCAGGAUUGAAUCUAAUCAUAAUAAGAAGUGAUUGUGUCUGAAUUCAGAAAUAAUGGAAAAUUUUGGUUUAAUAUCUCCAGUUUAAAAAUAAAACCUAAAGCUUCCAAUUGCUUCCCCAUAGGCAUCCCAAUGUAAGAAAGGGAUGCAAAAAAGAAGCUCAUAUAGGGUCAUUCAUGUAACUCGAAGCCUGAAUUUUGCAUUCUAUCCAAACCAAUUCCCUGACCUGGUGUCAAUGGCAUGGUGUUUCUAAAUAUUAUUUUCCAAAAGGUCCUUCUGUUACUUUAAUGCAGAUUUAUUGCUACUAAAAUGUUUAAUAUGAGAGGUAUUAGAAUGAGAUACUAAGCUUAUAUUACGGUAGUUGCAGCUAUUACUUAAUUACUUGAACUCAUAACAUGAUUAUUGUGAAACAUUCUCUUUUAUCACCUCAGGCAAAUGAAGAAAGACAAGCUGAGUGUCCGUAGGUAUCCUAUGCCCUCACUCAAAGAUUGUGCCAAUAGAUUCUUGGUUUACAAUCUUCAGACAAUUUAAUGCAGGCAAAUUGUAAUGUCUGUCUGUACCAAGUGAUCCUGAGAUAAGAGCAAUGUGAACAAUCACCUCUGAGUUGCUUUAGGCAUAGACUCUACCAGACUAUCUUGGGUCAUUUACGGGUGGUAAAUAUGGAUCUGAAGGAUUUAUUUCUAUCAGAAAUAACAACCCUACACAUGUUUACAUGAGAACAUACAUGUUGUUGGAGUGGAAAGAGAAGCAACCCCAAUUUUCCAUUUAAUUUUUAGUUGUAUCAAUAAUUCUUGAAGUUAUUUCAAGAAUUAUUAUCACAGGCUCAUUGCGUAAACAUAAUCUAUUUUGAAACUAAUGCAUUAUAUAGUUUGUGGAAAUUGCAUUACCCACAGAUUUUAUUUUUAUUAUUUUGGUGCAACAAGGAAUAUUUUCAAGUUACUUGAUUAAGGAUUUUAAGGCAUUUCUCAAACACAGAGCAAAACUGUCCUGUUUUAUGUUAUUCUCUUCUAAUUUUCUGGAUCUGCUUUGCUCCCAAUAGGUACUGGAAAAGUAAUAGAAAAAAGUAAUGAAGAGAAAAGCAAUAAUUAACAUGAUGAGGUUGUUUUGUUUUACAGUGUUAACGAUAAUGAAUUUCUAAUGGUUUACAUAACAUAUUACCUUCAAAAGUAACUUUCCAUGUUCUAAUUGUAGGGAAUGCUUACAUAUUUUGUAAAUUUAGGCAUCAGCAAAAUUCCAAGGCUACAUAAAAUUUGAGUUCAGCGUUCUUUUCCCUUUUCUACAUUCCUGCAUUUUAAAAAAGAAAUCUGCUUGUUAUCCAUACAUGAUCAAUAUUGUGCUUAUAAUUGAGUUGCAUACAUACUGUACUUAAUGGACGAUCUUGAAGAGUAAAACUACCGACCAGGCCAGUUUGGAUUUUGAGAAGUCUGGAGUAUUCAUGCUUCUAGUUUUAGGGUUGCAAGAUUGAAAACUGGAGAAAAUUGUUCUGUGCCCUUAAUGGAUGUGUAGAAGGGGGGAUUUCGGUAGGUGCUUAUCACACAACACUCCCUGAAAUGUUCUGUUUUAGAGCCAUUAUUUUUUUUUACCCUUGAUACCCUUUACAAAAUCAUCCUAGGAACCUCCUGAAAUUGGGUCUGGCCCCAUCCCUGCUGCUAGCCAAAUCUUUCUGUCAGGCCUUCAGCGCUUCCCCGACUAAAAGCAAGAACAAAACAGACUCAAGAACAACCACCAUAGCCUUGCGCUUGAGCAACAAAAGAGAGUAACUAACAAUAGGCAGACAGGAGGUGCCUACUUACUAGGUCUCAUCACUUACUAGAUAUUGAAGUUCAUGGUGAUGCUGUGACCAUGCUAAGAAUAAUGCCUACAUGGCGGCCUUUCUUGUCUCUAGUUAGCUCACCACAACUUCAGAAAGUGGGGAGAUUAGAAGGGAAAAGAGAACUUUCCCUGUUCCCUUUUUUUUUUUUAGUUAAAACUGGGAAAUAAUUUCAAACAUUAUCUGAGAAAGGGUUUUUUUUGAAGGGAAUCAUCCAUCACUAUUUACCAGUGAGAGUAUUAGCUGUCUCACUGAUGUUUAUGAAAACUUGGGAGAAAUAUGAUCUUGCACUCCAGGUAAGCUUUCAACUGUGAGAUUCAGGAUGUUUCUGUGCAGCCUGUAUCCCCCUGUCUUUGACAUGUUCAUACUCACAUGGGGAAUGCUUGGAGAAAUUAUUUUUUUGGACUAAACCCACCAAAACUCCCCCCCCCCCCAGUCAGUUUGACUGUGUACAAAACAGUGACUUUUUCAACCUUUGGAUAUGGAUCAUCAUCUUUCUAAAUGUUCACAGUAUCUCUAGGUAACAAAAUCAGAAUAACUGAUUUUACUCAUUUACACAAUGGAUGUGAUGAAUGGAUUUCUUCUACUAUAUCACUUUUGUUUUCAUCUCAGUCAACAAGUGGCAUCCUUGCCCUUGAGUUCUCAGAGAGUUUAUAUCGUAAGGUUCUGAUAAUGUUAUAAAACUUUGAUAUCGAUGUUACAUGGUACAAAUUUUCACCAUUUAUCAGAUCUGUCUGUAGUUUUAUACAGGUGCUGUUCAAUAUUGUGGUGUAUGUGCUGUGCACAUUUAAAUGUGUAAUAAAUAGAUAAAUGUUUACAAUUGA